GGACAUUUUAGUACAGUGCACACGACAACGAGCAUGGAGUCGGGAGGAUAGUCGCCUUUCUGACCAAACGAGACUUUUCACCUUAUAGUAUUCAUCUGGAAUAACAGGAGACAUGGAUCACCCAACUUGUAUUGUGGAGGAAAUGAAGCAGUUUGCUGUACACAGCGCCCUGCCAACAGUGUAUUACAUCCCAGAUUUCAUAUCACAGGAUGAGGAGUCCUGCCUUCUACAGCAGGUCUACAAGUCUCCAAAAACUAAAUGGACUCAGUUGUCAGGCAGGAGGCUGCAGAACUGGGGGGGCUUACCACAUCCCAAAGGCAUGCUGGCAGAGAAGAUUCCUACCUGGCUCCUGACGUAUUGUGAGAAAAUGUCCUCCCUUGGCGCGUUCAGUGGGGAAACGGCCAAUCAUGUAUUGGUGAAUGAGUAUAAACAAGGAGAAGGUAUUAUGCCACAUGAAGACGGCCCCCUGUACCACCCCACCGUAACCACCAUCAGUCUGGGCUGCCACACCCUCCUUGACUUCUACAGGCCCGUCAGCAGCCUUGAGGGCGACGUGCAGACAGAAGAGAACCGCUUCCUGUUCUCCCUGCUAGUGAAGCAGCGCAGUCUUCUGAUCCUGCAGGAUGAAAUGUACACGCGUGUGCUUCACGGCAUCCAGGCGUGCGCCCAGGACACACUGACAGACAAGGUGGUGAACCUGUCGGCGGCUGCUGCCCUGCCGGGGGAGACACUGACACGAGGCACCAGAGUGUCACUGACUGUACGACAUGUGCCCAAAGUCAUGAAGACGAGGCUUCUUUUGGGAAGGAAGUGGUGAAAGACUGCGUGUUGACCUAGAAGGUCGUAAUAGUAAAACAGAAUUUGUUAGCCAUUUUCACCAUCAAGCCCAACAUCGAUGGGCAUCUAAUCCAGACUGUUUUCUGAACCAUAUCGCACAUGUUUAUAACUGAUCACUUUAUUUCUCUUUAUUCAAUUUCUGUGCCAAAUGUUUGGUAUUUUCAGUUGAUACAUGAUUCUGAUCGGUUGAUUGUCAGAACUGGUGGCAGGAUUUGUUAAUUAAUGAGGUACACACCAGCACAACAUGUGAAUCACUACAUAUAUAAAAUAGAUAUGACCUUAUAAAAGUGACUGUUUGGUGUAUGUAUAUAUUGUUAAUUUGAUAGAUUUACUCCACUAAAUGUCUCAACCAUCAGAAUGCUAAUAUUAUAAGCUUUUGUGAGCUUUGCAAAGAUACUGGUUGUUUGCAGUGCAGAAAGGCCAAAGAUAUGACUGAGGAUAAUUUAUUUCCGUUGUUAUGAUGAUGGUAUAUAUCCUCAUCAUAACUGUUGUCAUGACACUCCAGUGAUGGCGUGUUCCACUUAGCCUAUGAACAUAGUUGUAUAAUGUCUUCAGUGGCUCAGGACAAAGAUUUUACAAGUCUGGUAAAGUAAAAAACAAAAAGUAGCACUAAUUAAUUAACUAAGUAAUGUAGGAUCCAGUAUUUCCAGUUUUUGAAACUUGACACAAACUAGGGACUAAAAGUCCAGAUGUCUCAGCCUGCAUCAGUGUUGACCAUUCUUUUCUUCUUUGUCUUCUUUGUUGUUCUCCCUAUAGGGAUACUCAACAAAAUAGUUAUGUUCAAUUGAAUCAGAUUGGUCAAUAAAACAGAUGUUUUUUUUGUUUUUUU